AUGACUUCAAAGCAUAUAUUGCCCCAUGCCCUUCAGGUUCCUGCUAUCAAGAAACUUUCGGGCAAGCAGAUCAUCCUAGCAUCCAACAGUCCCAGAAGAAAGGAAAUACUUCAGACUUAUGGCCUUGCCCCCGACAUUGUACCUUCAACGUUCGAAGAAGAUCUCGCUCCUGGUUCAUUUGACGAUAUACAUGAAUAUCCUGUAGCAACGGCAACUCAUAAAGCCGUGGAAGUUUACGAGCGGUUGGUGGAGCAAGACCCGGAUGACGCACCAGACUUAGUAAUUGCAGCCGAUACCGUGGUCCUGACCCAUGCCCAACCUUCGACGUCAGAUGUGUCGUACUCAGUGCUACCUGAGACGAACCAAGAACUAUUAGAGAAGCCUUCUUCAAAAGAAGACAACUUGCGAAUGUUGCUGGAUCUCAAUGGCGGUGUGUGUGAGGUGGUGACCGGCGUUGCUCUGGUAUAUCCCAUCCUCUCAGCGCCAGGAUACGCCAUCAAAUCCAUUGACGAACGCUCGUUAGUGUAUUUUGCUGAUAAUCCAAAACAUAUGGUGGAAGCCUAUGCCGAUAGCGGUGAAGGCGUUGACAGGGCCGGUGGAUUUGCUAUCCAGGGACUUGGCGGCCUAUUGAUACGGAAAAUUGAGGGCGAUUACAAUAACGUUGUCGGAUUUCCGGCCGCAUCUUUCUUCACGCUCUUGGACCUUCUAGUUGAAGAAGAGCCUGAUUUUUUAGAUGUAUAA